AGGCCGCAGGUUGCGCGGCGGGCGGAGCCCGAGCGGGCCGCUGCCGCUCCCGGGGCCUGCCGGAGGGACCGGGCCCGUUCGCCUCGAUUCUGCCAGCCUCCCAAGGUCGGGGUUUGAACCCUGCCAGCUCCAACCCAAACCACCCCCCUCUUUUCCCAGCCAUGCAAAGCGCGGGAUGAAGUUGGAAGCAGUGGUUGAGCAGCUGCAGAAGCAGCAGCAGAAGCAGCAGAUCCCUCUGCAGAUGGAUUCCAGGGAGAGGCAGCAGAGGCAGCUGAGGGAAGCCCAGCUGCUCUACACUCAACAGCUGGCCGUGCAGCAGGCUGUGCUGGCAGCCACAUCUGGCAGGGCUUCGGGUGGCUCUGCCGUUGGGCCUUUAGCCAGAGGGCCACCUGCAGCUGGAGCUGCCCGGGGGUUUGAUCAGAGCAGUAUGAAUUCAGAGCCAGAAGAGGAAGAGGAGGAUGAAGAGGAGGAGGAGGAGGAAGAUGAAGAGGAGGAGGAGGAAGAAGAAGAAGAAGGGGGUUUGGAAGGCGGGCAGCUUGAGGACGGCGCCGAUGUGACUGGCAAAGAAACCUGCUCUGCUGUGAAAUAUUUUCACCCCCCCAAAGUUGCUCAUCACAACCAAAGAGUGGCCUCUACCUCGAGUCCCCUGCCAGCUGUGGGCCACCAGCGGGGCCAGCAGGGCAAGGAAGAACAGGGUAAAGACACUGCUAAGCCACCCUACUCCGGAUCCCCCUCCGGGCGCCAGAACUGGCGGCUGGAGGAGCAGUUGAAACAGAACGGGACCGUGACCUGGAGCGACGACGGCGACGGAUGCCGAGGAAGGGAAAUUUCACGAGACUUUGCCAAGCUCUAUGAAUUGGAUAGUGACCCUGAACGGAAGGAGUUCCUGGAUGACCUCUUCAUCUUCAUGCAGAAGAGGGGAACUCCCAUCAAUCGGAUCCCCAUCAUGGCAAAGCAGAUCCUGGAUCUCUACAUGCUCUACAAGCUGGUGACUGAGAAAGGAGGGCUGGUGGAAAUCAUCAACAAGAAGAUCUGGAGAGAGAUCACCAAAGGCCUUAACCUGCCCACCUCCAUCACCAGUGCUGCCUUCACCCUCCGGACCCAGUACAUGAAGUACCUGUACGCCUACGAAUGCGAGAAGAAAUCCCUCAGUUCUCCUGCUGAGCUCCAGGCUGCCAUCGAUGGCAACAGGAGGGAAGGCAGGAGGCCCAGCUACAGCUCCUCCUUGUUCAGCUACUCACCCACCACCUCGGGGCCUCCUUCCCUCCUGUCUCCCCCCAAGAUCCGUUUCCCCAUCAUCGGCGUGGCGCCGGGCAGCGGGACCAGCAACCCUCGGGUGUCUCCAGCAGCAGCUGUCAGAAAAGGGGAUGGUGUGCCCUUGACUGUGUCUAUGCCAAAUCGUAUCGCCGUGCCAGUGACCUUGGCCAGCCAGCAGGCAACAGUGGCAGCAAGAACAGCCACCCUGGACCAGCUGAGGGAGAGGCUGGAGUCAGGAGAACCUCCAGAGAAGAAGGUGUCCCGGAUGACAGAGGAGGAGCAGCGGCUGGUCCAGCAGGCUCUGCAGCGCAACCUGUUCAGCAUGGCACGGCAGAUCCCCAUGAAGGUCAAGAUCAAUGGCAAGGAAGACAAAGCGGAGGCGGCGGCGCUGAACGUGUCCCCCAAUGGCAUCGGGAGCAUCAACAUGUCAGUGGAAAUCAAUGGCACAAUCUAUGCUGGAGUGCUCUUUGCCCAGAAGCCAGUCGUCCAUCUCAUUGCAGGCUCCAGCACCCAAAGUUCCUGCAGCAGCAGCAGCAGCUCCCACUGCUCUCCCAGCCCUACCUCAUCCCGGGGAACCCCCAGUGCAGAGCCCUCCACCAGCUGGUCUCUCUGAUGGAUGGCCCAGCCUGCUGUCUCACACUGGCCUCCAGCAGCUCUUCCUCUCUGCCCUGGGCAGGGAAGGAGUCGCACAGAUUACCUCAUCUCAAGGAACCUGCUUUUGUGGUUGGCCAACACAAGAUGAUGAUGCUGACGCUGAAACCUUUCCAUGCCAGCAAGUUUUUCUUCAUCAUCUGCUUGUCCAGCCUUUGUUGGGUUGUUUUUUUUUUGGCUUUGUUCUCCCCUUUCUUCCUCUUUGCUUUUUGUUUUCCUCCUCCUCCCAGGGUUUGCUGUGUUCCUGUCAGGGGCUGGGAGGGACGCCUGGCGUUGGUCAAUCAGGGAUGGUCUCCAGGAGCUGCAGGUUGUGAGAUGGCUGACAUGUCACCAAGGCAGGUGGAAAGAGCUGGAGCUGGGGCAGGGAAACUUGGUUCUCCUCUAAGCAGGAGCCAGAAGGAUUCUUCCCACAAACCAACUCCGUGUAUUGACAAUCCUCAGAGCCAGCAGGGUGCCUUGUCCCUGUCCUCCCAGGGCUUGUGCUGAGAAGGCCACGUGGCUUCCUUGCCUGCCUUCUACAGGCUCUGUCUUGCUCUGGUGUUUCUGUGUCCUCCUCUAGAAGCUUGUGAGCUUCCUUCCCCCUCUCUGAGGUCUUGGCAAGAGGGGAAGGACUCCCUCACCACUACAUUUUGACCCACAGACACAUGAAAAACCUCUCCAUCAGCUGCUUCCUUCUCCUGGGUGGUGUUGGCCUCAUCCCUGCUGUUGCCUUCAGGCUUUCAGCCAAGUUUUAAAUGCCCUCAACCUUGUCUCUCUCCCUUUGAGGACUUCAUCCCACUGAGGUUUACCCUGCCAGCCUGAACUUAACUUUGGCUUGCUGGUUUCAUCCUCUGCCCCCUUGGCACACGAGGGCUGUCCCUGAGGUUGUUCUAGGCUUCCUGGAGACACUUCCUUCUCCAGAGGUGGCUUUCAGCAGCACCUUGGAAGCUCUUCAGAUCUGUGUGCUGAGAGAAGAGGUGGUGAUGUUUGAAACCUGCUGCAGUGGGGCUGGGGGGUGUGUGGGGGUGGUGCAGUUAAUGGGACACACGAUCUUCAGUGGUCUCUGAGCCACCCUACAGAUGCCCAGUCCUCUCCAAAUUGUCCAUGAGCUAAAAGGAAGCAGCUCCUUCUCGGUUGAGAAGGAGCUUCUGCUCUCCUGGUGGAAGCAAAGGAAAAUGAAGCCCUUCCUCAGCCUCAAACCCCCAGUAGAAAGCAAGCAAAGGCUGGCCAAGGCUCUCCUGUGUCUGGAGGAACUGAGCUGGCUUCAUGAGCUCAGCUUCUGCUCAGGUGGCCUCUCACCUUGUCCUCUCUCCUCCUGCUGACCUUUCCCCAGCCUGGAGCUCAGGUCUGAGCCCCAUCCAUCCUGCCCUGGUGACAUCCUUCCCAUACCUCCAGGCCCAAGUCAGGUUUUUUGGAGCAGAUGAAAUACCUCAGAUGUGUACUUUGUUGUUGGGUUGUUUUGUUUGUUUGGGGCUUGGCUUAUUUUUUUUUUAACCUCUUCAGGAAGUCUUCGGCAUAUCUUCUCGCUUGGGGUUUUUUUUUUUCUAUGUGGUUUUACUGACCUCGUGUUUUGGCUUGUUUUUGUUUUGAAUUGUAUCACCAAAGACAACAAAACUUAAGAAGAGCAGGAGAGAAGUGGGACAGCGUUGUCCUGGGACGUGGGCACGGCACAGGAGGACAGGCAGAGCUGGGAGAAAGGGAGCAAGAGUGACUCUGGGCUUUAGAAGAUGUGUCCACGUUGGACGUGAAGGUGUCUCCCGAGUCCUCGUGACUUUUCCAAGUUUGCCUGCAGCAAAGAGGGGGUUUCUGGCUCCCUUUCCUCUCCCCCUGCAGCUGAGUUGGGGGGGGGGGGGAGGCUGGAGGUGCUGUGCCCCCCAACUGUCUGUCCCUUCCUGCCCCAAGAUUCAGGUUCUCCUGGGCUGCUGCUCUGUCCUUGGGAGCCCAGAGCUGGUGGGAACCACGGGGAAGCUGCAGGAGGUUCUCAGCUCUUUGGGACUUUAGCUGAUGGAGUAGCCCCCAGUCCACUGGAGUUGCUGCCUGGCUUUGUGUUGGACCCUGCUGGGAGGAAAAGUGGGAAUGCAGAGUGUCCCGGGAUAGAUGCUGCUCCCAGAUGUCCCCUGAUGGUGGCUGCAGUAAAGCCCACCCACCAGGCAGGGGGAAGCUGAGCUGCUCUUGGGCUGCAGGGUGUUCCCCUGCCAGCUCCUCCCUUCAUUUCAUACCCCCAGGCUCAGAGAGGCUUUUCCAGACUCUGGGCUUCAUUCAGCUUGGGGUUGGUUUUAGUUUGGUUUUUUCCCCCCACCCCCCUUUUAUUUCUUUUGGUUCUUUUUUUAUUUUCUGUGGGGGUGGGUUUGGGGGCUUGUUUCCUCUGAGUGGGACUGGGGGGGGGGGCUUUUUGCUUUUCCUUGUGCUUUCUUCUCUGGUCCUGGGGAGCAGAGGUUUAGUCAUGGGUGGUUUUUGCUUCUUUGUAUCACUUGCUAACGUUGUGUUUUCUUGCACAGAAAAGGCACUCGAAUCACUGAACUGCUCAACAGCUUUUUGACACUACUAGAGUAUUAAUGUUUUAAUAAGCUUUACACAACUAGACUGGAAAAAAAAGAGACAGGGAGUAACAGAUUGUUUUGUAUCCAAUUCAGGGAAAGAAAUCAAGUCGGGAUGUAACAGAUACCUCAGUUUUAAAAAAAAAAAAACAAAAAACCACAAAAAAAAAACCAAACUAAGCUGCAACAAGAAACUGGUCCUUGUCCCAGUAGGUGCUGGUAAGGACCAACCCUUCAGACUGUGAACCCCUUGCCCCAAGCCUGGCUUCCCAUUCCUGGUCCUUGGCUCCACAGGUUUGGUGUUGAGCUUCUGGAUCUCCUGCUGAGCUUGCCAGGCUUUGGGGAGCAGGGUGAUGGAAACCAGCAGCAGAGACCAGGGCAGGGGAAGCUGGGGGAGGCUGAGCAAGGGUGGUGGGAUCCCCCUCUCCAUCCCACCCCCCCCACCCCCCUUCUCCCCUCCCCAGGGCUCACGCUGCGGUUUUGCUUUGAUUGUAAAGUACUCAGGGGUUUUGAUACUGCGGGUAGGACGGUUCCUGGUGGGGAGAGCUCCUCUCUGGGGGCUCCUUCUUCUCCUUCCACUCCAGACCAGCCAAGGUUUCACACCGAGCAGCCACAAAACAAAACCAGAAGCCUCUUCCUCCUCCUCCUCUCCCCCAGCUUGCUUCCCACCCUGCUUCUCUUUCAGGAGGAAGGAGAAUUUUUACCAGCUGGGUUCCACGGGCAAACACAAAACUUGCUCCUCCUCUUCCAGCAGCUCCCAGUUGGUGCUGGGAAGGCAUCAAGAUGAGGAGCUGGGGAAGAGGAGAAGGGAGAGGAAGGCUGGGGGCCUGCUUGGCUCCCAAAGUGAAAUUGAACAUGUCCCACCAAGUCCUUUUGGCUGCUGGGGGAGGGGGGGGGGGGUGUGUGCUCCAGAUAGAUUGGGAUCAGAUGUUUUCACCAAACAGCUGCAGCAGCCUUGCUACUAGUUUUCUUACCUAUUUAAAGAAAAAUAAAGAAAAGGAAUAAAAAAGAAAUGUGAUAGCCUAGGCGGUGGAUAAAUACCUCAACGUCUCCUUCCAACAAGUGUCUGUAUAUGUUGUUGUUGGGUUUUUUUCUAUCUUACACGUUUUAUCUGAAUGUUUAUAUUCCAAUAAACUUCUACCUCUUCACACGGUGA